AUGGCGAAGCUCUCAUCCACUGUAGCUCUCCUCGCAGCACUGCUGCUCGUGGCCCAUGCCGUUGCCUUCCGGACCACCAUCACCACCGUGGAAAGCACAGACGACGAUAACUACAGUAGCUCCGAGCAAGAAUGCCGCCAGCAGGUCCAGAGGCAGGGCUUGAGCCACUGCAGGAUGUUCAUGAGGGAGAAGAUGCACGGUGGACGCUACGACGAGAUCGAAAACUACAGCCAACAUUUCGACCAGUGCUGCGCGCAGUUGAGGAAUGUCAACGAGAGGUGCCGCUGCCCGGCGCUGGAGAUGGAAAUUGAGCGGGAACAGAUGGGGAGCCAAGAGAAACAACUGAUGAAGGAGAGUGCUCGAGAUCUGCCAUCCAUGUGCAAAAUGGGGCCUCAAUCCUGCCAUUUCCAUUCUCGCUACUACUGA